GUAAUAUUUCCGUUGUGACAUUCUAUGCGACAUUGAAGGGUUUGUUGCGCGGUGGAAUUCACUGAGCCAUGCCCAUGCAGGUAUCUUCAUUUAGAAAGAAUCCUGUCUGAGGCAUUGCCGGAUAUCACAUGCAGACCCAAGAUUCUUCUCCUAACAAAAAAUCAGACCUUGAUUCAAUACAUGGGAGGAGACUAAUUCCUUCCGAUACGUUGCCAUGGGAGAUGAGAAAGUGGAUUUUAAUUUGAAGGGGAUUUCUCAUAUUACUGAUUCAAAGAGCGUAACGGGUGAUAGGGGAAUCACAACCGUCACUGACCUUGGUGAAAUCAAUCUCUUGUUUGUGAAGGAAGAGCUUAUGUUGUUAUCUACAUGUAUAAAAGAUACUUCUCCUCAAGUUUGGCAUUUGAAUUUAACUGCAACAUCGAUUGGUAUUUACAAAAAUAAUGUUGCCAAUACUCUUUCACGGAUAUAUCUUAUGCCUAGGAUUUUCUGUCUUAGAGUUAAUUUGAUUCAAGCCUUGGAUUUGCUGCAUGAAGAUAGCACCCAAAUUUCUCAAAUUUUCAUCCAGGCUACUUUGGGGAAUUUGACCUUUACAAGCAAGUUGGCAAAGAACCAUAAUGGAAACCCAAAAUGCUAUGAAGAUAUGUUAAUUGAUAUGUUAGAGCCAUUUAAUCAACUGUUGAAUUUGAACAUGAAAAAAGGAAUGUUAGGAAGUUAUAAGAAUUUAGGGACAUGUGUAUUUCCUGUAAAGAAUGGAGACAAGAGAGUAGAUGAGUCACUUCCAUCUACUAAAAUCAUUGAUGUUAAACAGAAUGAGGGAUUUGCUGGUAGACAUGAUUUGAGGCUCUCUUUGGAUGGAGAGUAUCAUGUAUUUGAUGAAGAUCCACACUGGAAUGAGCAAUACUCUUGGGAUAGCUAUGACCCAUGUACAUUCAUCAGAAAUUGUAGGUCUGAUAAUGGUCAAUUGCACAAAGGAGAUGCAUUAGCUAUAGGUACAAUAGAUACAAGAAUAGGGAAUGUGAUGGUCACUCUAUCUGAACCUGAAACAAUCAGAAUUCACUCUUAUUCUGAUCCGAUUGUUGAACUUCAACCUUUGGGGCUGAAGAAGACGGGAGAAAUUCAAUUAGCUUUCAACUUUUGUUACACAGAUAUGAUUAAUCUGUGCAAAGUAGUGUACACAUUACCUAUGCCCCCUAGACAACAUUUUGUUAAUCCAUUGCAUCUGGCUCAGUAUCAUGGGUUAAGAAAACAAGUUGUCAUGCUUGACUCAGUUUCUGGUGAAAUCAUGUGGAACAUGCAAAGAGGUAAAGCUGAAUUUGAAACGCUCAAAACUUUUGAAAGUGGGUUGGUAACCUUAUGCACUCAACUUGGUGCUAUAUGCAAGAGAAAUCCUAUUUCAUCACUUAUAAUUUGCUUGUUUCUCAUUAUUGUGAUGAUUGUUUCCCCUCAACAUUUGCUGUCUACAAUGUUCUCUUGUGUUAUCAUGCGUGUGCUCCUGCAGCAUCAAAACAAGCCAAGAAAAGAGUGUCAUGUAGGUUUGCAAAUGUUUCAUGUUGAUACAGCAAGUAUAAAUGAAUUGAAAGCCAUUAUAAGGGAUAGAUACGAUCGAUUAAGAGUUGUUGCGGAGAAAUAUGUAACAGUGUUGGUUGAUUUUGCCACCAAAGGAGAGAGACUACAGUGUCUUAUAAUAUGGCAGGAUCCAAUAGCUACAAUAUUAAUUAUGGUUUUGUGUCUGGUAACUGGGAUUGUGGCUUUGAUUGUUCCUUUCCAAUCUAUUGUCUCUGUUUGGUUGCUUUACUUGCUAAGGCAUCCAAUUUUAUGUUCAUUUGUCCCAACACUUCAUGAAAGCUGGAUAAGAAGUAUGCCUUCAAAAUUAGAUAGCAUGAUAAUGGGCUUGAUUGUUAGAGAUUUAAAACAAUGAUU